AUGGGAGACAAUAACAAUUCUCAAGGACGUGAUAAAGGUCUUGAGACGAAGAAGGACAUACGAUGUCCGAUGCUAUCAUCGACCAACUACACCGUAUGGUCGAUGCGAAUGAAAGUGAUGCUUCGUUUAUAUGAUGUUUGGGAUACGAUUGAUCCAGUGAGCGAUGAUGCAAAGAAGAACAAUAUGGCGAUUGCUCUGAUCUUUCAAUCAGUCCUGGAAGCGCUAAUACUUCAGAUAGGAGAACAUGAUACAUCGAAGAAGAUUUGGGAAGCUAUCAAAUCCCGUAACCUAGGUGCUGAUCGCGUGAGAGAAGCGAGGUUACAGACUUUGAUGUCUGAGUUCGACAAACUGAAGAUGGCAGACACAAACACGGUGGAUGACUACGCAGGAAAACUUUCAGGCUUAGCAUCGAGAGCAGCCGCGUUAGGAGAGAUAAUGAAAACAUCGAAGAUGGUAAAGAAGUUUUUGAAGGAACUUCCAAGAACGAAGUUCAUUCACAUCGUAGCUUCGUUAGAACAAGUGCUGGAUCUAAAUUCAACGGGGUUCGAAGACAUUGUUGGGAGAUUGAAGUCUUUCGAAGAACGCAUAAAAGAAGAAACCCAAGAUGAAGAUCAAUCGAAGCUAAUGUUUGUGAAGAAUGAUACGCAAGGUCGUGGAAGCCAUAACAACUCACGAGGAAGAAGCAGAGGUAGAGGUCAUGGUGGAAGAGGAAGAGGACGAGGAAGGUCUAAUAGUUCUGAUGGUCAUAACAAAGGAGGAGAAGCUUCGGACAAGACCAAGAAGGACUACUCUAAAGUUAAAUUUUGGAGAUGCGACAAGAUGGGGCACUUCAUGUCACAUUGCAAGAGAGAGUUCUUCUCAAAUCUAGACGAGAGCAUCAAAGGCAAAGUCAAAUUCGGUGAUGGAUCAAACGUUGAGAUUGUUGGGAAAGAUUCGAUCACGUUCUUCGGGAAAACAGGGGAGAGAAGAACACUCAAAGAUAUCUAA